AUGUCUCAAACUCUCCAUGCUUAUAGAUUAACAAAAUAUGUCUAUGUUCAAAAUCAAGAAGUAAUGACAUAUAAAGACUCUGAUGAAAGUAUGACAUGUAAUGCUGUUAGAGCAUUACAACAGGCAAAAGAACAAAAUAAUACAGCUAUGUCUGUUGUUUCAUCAAACUCUAGAGCUUCAAACAUAUCAGAAUCGAUACUUACCAAUCAUAUAUCUGAAAUUUCGAGCUCAUCUUAUUUACAUAUAUGGGGUGCUGAGAAUGUUAGCAAUCAAAGACAAAGAACUUUUGAUGUAUUAAACAUAAUUAAUACUUUUUUGGCACAUGCUAGUAGUCAGAACCUUAAUGUGGUGGCGAUGGUUAUAGAUAGCACUUCAGCAUAUGCUUCUGCACA